AUGAUUGCUUCAUUAUUUCAAGAUUGUCAAGUGGUAGCGUAUUACUCAAUUAAAAGUCCCAGAUAUCCCAAAGAUUAUCCAGGAAAUAUGGAUUGUGUCUACGAAAUUCCCAUUCUUCAUUACAAGGCCCUGACAUUCACCUUUCAAGAUUUUCACCUUGAGGAAAGUUCGUUUUGUUCUACAGAUUACCUGAAGAUCUCUAACGAGAAAAACCAAACAUUUGGCACGUUCUGCGGGCAAAUCGCAUCACAGGCUAUCACUGUGACUGGGGAAAAAGCAAUCGUUGCAUUCCACUCGGAUUACGCUCUUCAAAGAAAAGGAUUUCGGAUAUACUUCACAGCAAUCUGUGAGCCAGUCGUGAAAAAUACAUUGAGAAGUCCUGGAUAUCCAAGUAACUACACAGGAAGACAUGAUUGUGUUUAUAAAAUUCCUAUUCCAAGACGCAGUGCGAUGAAUAUUUCCUUUAUCGAUUUUUCCUUGGAGUUUCAUAAUUCUUGCAGCUACGAUUAUCUAACGAUUGCUAAUGAUACCAAUCAUGUUUUUGGAAAGUUCUGUGGCGAGAAGACUGGGAAAACGUUUAUUGUAACCGGUCGGUUUCUACUCAUCACAUUCCACACAGACUACGUUGUAGAAAGCAGAGGAUUUGACAUAAACUUCAACCCUGUACCUCUUGUUCAUGGACGCGACUGCCUAGAUCUGCUUCACAAAGGUUACACUGACAGUGGCGUCUAUGGCAUUAAUCCGGACAGAGGAAGAUUCAUAACAGUCUUCUGCGACCAGCAAACAAACGGAGGCGGCUGGACUGUCUUGCAGCAACGGUUGGAUGGUUCUGUUGACUUUUAUCGUAAUUGGACUAGCUAUAAAAAUGGAUUUGGAGACUUGACGUCAGAAUUUUGGCUGGGAAAUGACAACAUCCACAAAAUAACUUCACAAAGCUCACAGCUAUUAAUCGAGCUCAAAGACCAAGCCAAUUUGACAGCACAUGCGUCUUAUAAUUCUUUUCAAGUUGGUUUGGAAGCUGAGAAGUAUGUUGUUAGAGUAACAGAGUUCUCUGGAACAGCAGGGGAUUCCUUAGCUGUUCACAACGGAAUGAUGUUCAGCACGCCGGACUCAGAUAAUGAUGUUCACGAUCCUUAUGCUUGUGCACAAAAAUACACAGGGGCUUGGUGGUACAAAGAAUGCCAUCAAUCAAAUCUAAAUGGUCGAUAUGGAAAAAAUGAAUAUGCCGAGGGUGUUAUCUGGUAUCACUGGAAAGGAUAUUAUCAUUCACUCAAGGAAUCCUCAAUGAAAGUCAAACCUCGUCGAGAACGUCAAUGGUCGUACGAGCUGAUCUUUAGCGGGGAGUCAUCAGACUACGUGCUGCUCCCCUACAUCACUGACCUUCAAGAUGCUACAGCUUGUUGGUGGAUGAAGACCGAAAAAACUCCAGGCUGGUCAACAGUUUUCUCGCUUCAUAACUAUAAAAAUGAAAGUCUCCUGAGCUUCUCCUUUCAUGACAACGGCAGCUAUUCUUUGCACGUGCAUAGUGAACAGAAGUGA